AUGGCUAGUGAUUUCAUUGGAGAAGAACUUGAAAGCAACGACGUGCUCAUUGAUGUUCCACUGGUCAUGGAGCCUCCUCUGUGGCCUGAGUGCUGUAUCUAUCCUGUUCCCAAGAAUUUGCGCAAGAUAAACAAAGAAGCCUACACCCCUAAACUGGUUUCAAUAGGCCCCUUUCAUCACGGUCUGAAAGAACUGAGGGACAUGGAAAAGCACAAACUGAGAUAUUUUAAGGAUUUCUUGUAUCGGACCAGGAAGAGCCAGGAGGAUCUCCUAAAGAUCAUUCAAGACAAUGAAGUAAAAAUCCGUCAUUGCUAUUCAGAAGACAGUAAACUCAGCAGUACAGAUUUUGUAAAAAUGAUUCUAUUGGAUGCCAUCUUUAUAAUUGAGCUCUUCGUGAGGUUCCAUAUAUUUUAUGUACUUGAAGUCAAAGUUGAAGAUAAUGAAAAUGAGCUCUUCGUAAGGACCCGUGAAAAAGAAAAUGAUUACAUGUCAAGUCAACCAUGGCUGGAAGGUGAUAUACGACAUGACUUGAUAUUACUUGAGAAUCAACUUCCUUUUUUUGUUCUUGAGCAAUUAUAUACUUUUGCCUUCAGUGACUCUUCAGAUCCCGUCCAUCAGCUUGGUUUUAUUAUGCAUUCAGCUUGUUACUUUAGUACUUACAUUUAUCGUGAGUUUCAUGAUGAUAUGCAGCUGCCAGAAGAGUUCAACAACGAGGAAGUAAAACACUUCACGGAUUUGAUAAGAUAUGUGUUCUGUUCAGUGCCAGAUUUGAAACUUACUGACUAUUUGGAUGAUGUAUAUUGUGCCACAAAGCUUGACGAGGCAGGAUUGAAAUUCAAAGCAGUUGAAAACAGAAGCUUACUUAACAUAAGAUUCCAUCGGAAUAAGUGGUUGAAUUACUGUCCGUUCUCCAAUUUGUCUUGGCUCUUGGCUUGCUUACCAUGCUUGAAAAGCGUUUUUCCGGGCUUGGAGCGUAUGCAGAGUAUAUUAGAAGUCCCACCCUUAAAGAUUCAUGACAGUACUGAAGCUCUUUUCCGAAACCUCAUGGCUUUGGAGCAGUGUCAUUAUCCAUCUCACACUUACAUCUGCAAUUAUGUUAUGCUACUGGACUAUCUAAUCGACACUGAACGAGAUGUGGAUUUGCUUGUCGAGAAAAAGAUCAUUGUUAACAAUAUCGGUAGUAACGUUCGAGUGGCGAAUCUAAUUAACAAACUCUGCCUUCAGAUUGUGAAAUAUGAAUCCUGUUACUCGGUUCUAGGUAAAGAAAUUAAUAAGUACUGUGAUAAUCAUUGGAAUCGCAUCAUGGCAACCAUGAAAAGCGUGUAUUUCCGUGAUUUUUGGAGAGGCACCGCAACUAUGGUUGCACUAAUUGUCCUGGGUUUCACUUUAUGGAAUUUCCUUAAGCCUAAUUAUGUCAUGAUCAAGUAG